AUGAGUGAACUACUGGAAAAGGCUCCAGAUGAAUCAAGAGAGAUAGCUACAAGUGAUAUCAAACCAGAAGAAUUAGAAGAUAAUAAUGAUAUAGAUAUAGUUGAAAAAACUUCAAACUUAUAUGAAACCGAGAAUAAUAAUAAUAAUAAUAAUGAAAAUAAUAAUAAUAUCAUAGAAGAAGAACAGCCAGAUAUUAUGAUGGAAGAUACGAAUGAAAUUAAAAUAGAACCAGUACCAAUUGCAAUUACUGAUAAUGGUAUAAACAUAGAUAAUGAUAGUAAAACUAUAGAUAUAAAAGAAGAAAAUAAUGAUAAUUUUGGUGAACCACCUUCUAAAAAAUUAAAAUUAGAAGAAUCACCUAUAAAAAAUGGGUCUAGACCAAUAGUUGUUGCACCACCUUCAAAAUCUCAACUUUUUUAUAUACCGUUGAAAACUGGGUUAGUUUAUGAUGUUAGAAUGAGAUAUCAUGCCAAAAUUUUUACUUCAUAUUUUGAAUAUACUGAUCCACAUCCAGAAGAUCCAAGAAGAAUUUAUAGAAUAUAUAAAAAAUUAGUUGAAGCUGGUUUAGUACUGGAUUUUUCAUUAUCUGGUAUUGAUGAGUUAGGUCCAUAUAUGCAAAAAAUUCCAAUAAGAGAAGCAACAAUGGAAGAAAUCUUGGAAGUUCAUUCUGAAAAACAUUUACAACAUAUAAAAUCUACUGAAACAAUGACAAAAGAUGAAUUAUUGAAAGAAACAGCAGCUGGUGAUUCCAUUUAUGUAAACAAUGAUUCUUAUUUUUCAGCUAAAUUAUCGUGUGGUGGUACAAUUGAAGCAUGUAAAGCUGUCAUUGAGGGGAAAGUUAAAAAUUCUUUAGCAGCAGUAAGACCUCCAGGACAUCAUGCUGAACCAAAUGAUCCCGGUGGGUUUUGUCUUUUUAGUAAUGUUGCUGUAGCUGCUAAAAAUAUAUUAAAAUCUUAUCCAGAAUCAGUCAGAAGAAUUGUUAUACUUGAUUGGGAUAUUCAUCAUGGAAAUGGUACACAAAAGGCAUUUUAUGAUGAUCCAAGAGUUUUAUAUAUAUCAUUACAUCGUUAUGAAAAUGGGAAAUUUUAUCCCGGUACAAAAUAUGGAGGAUCUGAUCAAGUUGGUGAAGGUCCCGGUGAAGGUUAUAGUUUGAAUAUACCUUGGAGAACUCUGGGUAUGCAUGAUGGUGAUUAUGUUUAUGCAUUUAAUAAAGUUAUCAUACCUGUGAUUCUUGAAUUUGAUCCAGAUUUAAUUAUUGUAAGCUCAGGUUUUGAUGCAGCUGCUGGUGAUAUAAUUGGUGGAUGUCAUGUUAGUCCAGCAGGAUAUGGAUAUAUGACACAUAUGUUAAAAGGUAUAGCAAAAGGUAAAAUGGCAGUUAUACUUGAAGGUGGAUAUAAUUUGGAUUCAAUAAGUGAAAGUGCCUUAGCAGUUGCAAAAGUUUUAAUUGGAGAACCACCAGAAAAUACAAUCAAUAAAUUACCACAUCAAGAUACUAUAGAAGUUAUUGAUGAAGUUAUUAAAAUUCAAUCUAAAUAUUGGAAAUGUUUGAAAUCAGGUAUCCCCGAAACUUCAUUUGAUGAUGUCUAUGAUUUACCAGGAGUUGAUGCUUUUAAAUUAACAAAUAUAUCAGAUCCAAUAAGAUUAUAUCAAAGUAAUCAAGCUUUCAACAAAAAGAAUUUUAUAAAUUUACCUAUUGAUCAAUCAACUUUCACUUUUGAUUGUCCUAAUGAAAAUGACAAUUUAGUGAUUGCAAGUCCAAAUAUUUAUGAAUGUGAUUCAAUCGUAAUAACAAUUCAUGAUCCACCAGAUGUAUGGGCUAAUAUAAAUCCUACAAAUGGUAUUAUAGAAAGUUAUUCAUCAGUUAUAUUAGAACAUCCACUUUUACAAAUAAUAGAUAAAAUUGAAAAAGAAAAACAAGAUAAUAAUCCAGUUGGUUAUAUUGAUAUAAAUAUACCGUCAUACCCAUUACCAAUCCCAGGUUCAACUUAUACGUCAUCAUAUAAUCAAACCAUAUUCGCACAAGAAAUUUUAUUGUAUAUAUGGGAUAACUAUAUUACAUUUUUCAAUCAAUUAAAAAACAUUGUUUUUGUUGGUUUCGGAGAUUCAUACCAAAGUCUUGUCCACUUAUUCAGCAAGAGACCAUCAUCAGAAAUCAAACUGCUAGUGAAAUUCACAGUAGCAUAUAUAAAUAGAACAUUAUUAAAACCAAUAGUCCCUGUAAUGGAUGAAAGUAUGGUUGAUUGGUUUUAUCAAAAUUCUACGAUUUUCACAAGUUGUAAUAAUCAAUGUUGGAGUAACGUUAGUGAAGAUUUAAAAAGGCCAAGAAGAAAAUUUGGUAGAGUUCUAAAAGCAAAUUCAGAUGGAUUAUUUGAUGUUAUAAAUGAAAAAUUUGAUGAAGGAGUUGAUAAUAUCUUGGAUAAUAUCGAAGAGUUCUCUAGUUCUGAUGAGUAA